AUGUCAUUCCGUGGAGGCCGUGGUGCUGCCGGUGGCGGCCGCGGUGGUUUUGGCGGCCGUGGAGGUCGCGGAGGCUUCCAGCAGUCGUUCGGUCCGCCCGCGCAAGUUCUCGAGAUGGGAACGGUCAUGCACGCUUGCGAAGGCGAAAUGGUCUGCGAAUCGAUCAACCCGAAGAUCCCCUACUUCAACGCUCCGAUCUACCUCGAGAACAAGACUCCCAUCGGCAAGGUCGACGAGGUUCUGGGUCCGAUCAACCAGCUGUUCUUCACCAUCAAGCCCCAGGAAGGCAUUGUCGCAACUUCGUUCAAGCCCGGCGACAAGGUGUUUAUUGGCGGUGAUAAGCUGCUUCCUCUGGAGAAGUUCCUCCCCAAGCCCAAGGCUCCAGGCGGUGCCAAGCCCAAGCGUGCUGGCGGUGCCCGCGGCGGUGCUCCUCGCGGUGGCCGUGGUGGCCGCGGUGGCUUCUCUCGCGGCGGCGGUGGUGGUUUCUCUCGCGGCGGCGGUGGUUUCUCUCGUGGCGGCGGUGGUGGAUUCUCCCGUGGCGGCUCGCGUGGUGGCUUCUCUCGCGGCGGCGGCGGUGGCUUCUCUCGUGGUGGUCCUCGGGGUGGUUCGCGCGGUGGUGGUUUCCGUGGUGGCCGGUAG